GCCCCAUCCCAUCCCAAUAAACCGCCGCAGAGUGCGAGAACGGGAACGACGUCAGGCCCAAGUCGCCCAGAACAAAACGCCCAGCGCGCCGCAUACCCAGCUCCGCAGUGCACUGCUCCUCCUCCUCCUCCUCCAGCGCAACCUUCAAUAGCCCCCGUUGCGCCUCCGCUUUGAUUGCAACCAAACGUCUAGACUCUCACACUCGCUUUCACGUACUCACCACCGCACCACCUCUGAUGUCCUCUUGAGAACCGCACACCUGGCGAGCACGCUGAAGUCCGCGCUCGAUCACCAUGCAAUACGUGCGAUCAAUCACCGGCUCCGUGUCCAGCACCUGGAAUUCCAUCAACCCUGCCACUCUCUCAGGCGCAAUCGAUGUCGUAGUGGUCGAACAGGAAGAUGGGUCGCUGGCAUGCAGUCCCUUUCACAUUCGCUUUGGGAAGUUCUCUCUUCUGCGACCCUCGGAAAAGAAGGUUGAGUUCAAGGUCAAUGGCAGCAAAGUCGAUUUUCCCAUGAAGUUGGGCGUUGGAGGCGAGGCCUUCUUCGUCUUUGAGACACAUGAGGAUGUUCCUGAGGCGUUGCAGACUUCUCCUCUGGUAUCUCCUGCUGCGAGUCCAGAGCUGAAAGCGAGCCCUCCUCAGGCACCAUCUUUGCAAGAACCGGACAUGUUCGACUUGGAGAAGACUGCUCUGGGGAUGCCGCAAGACGGACCCUCUCGAGGCAAAGGGCACAGCAGGAGCACGACAGAAGGCAUUCCGAUCCUGCAGCGCAGACCGAACAGCGACCUGGGGAAUCUCACACCAUUGUCGAGCACACCCAACGAUCAGCAGCUGCGACCACGGCCCGUAUCUGGUGACUUCUCCGCCUUCCAUCCAACCCUCGAUCGAACAUCCUCGGACAGCGCCCUCACUGCAGCUCGAGCUGCCAUUAACGAAUCGCUCGAACGCUCCGAAGUCAUUCUGUCUGCCGGUUCAGAACGAGCGCCCAGUCCGCAGGGCAGGACAGCAGAUGGCACAGGCACUACCUCUCCCGAGUAUGCGGAAGCGAAAGAGCGUGCGAUGGUCUUGUCCAAGAAGCUAUGGCAGUCGAACAUCAGUAAUCAGGUCACAGAGACGGGCGACUUGAUGCUUGACAUGAGCAGCUAUGGCAGUGGAAAUGCCGAGGCGUUGCAGGCCGAAGGCAUUGCUCGACAACUACUCUCCGAAGAGCUGGACGGUCCUUACGAUAUUGGCUCGCUCAUUGGUGCUGAUGAAAAAGGUAACAUCUGGAUAUACAGCAGCGAGGAGGCCAAAGAUGCUGCGAACAAGCGUGCAGCUGCAGCAGGUAUGGGAAGCUACAAUCCGACUGCAUACGCUUCGACAGAUGCCAUCUCAGAUCCGGGCUAUCACUCCGAUGAUGCUCGUAGCGUGGACUCGAAAUCAGGAUAUGCAGAUUCGCACAUCAGGCGUGAUUCGGACAGUGCAGUAGGGAUGGGCUCGCAGCCUUCGUCGCCCACCGCUGGCGAUCCGAAUAAGAAUUAUGCCAAAACGCUCCGCCUAACGUCAGAUCAACUCAAGGGCAUGGAUCUCAAACCUGGCGCGAACACCAUGGCUUUCACUGUUAACCGUGCCACAUGUCAAGCAACUCUUUGGUAUUGGAGGCAUGAUGUGCCGAUUGUGAUAUCUGACAUCGACGGCACCAUUACAAAGUCGGACGUGCUAGGCCAUGUGCUCAAUACUAUCGGCCGUGAUUGGACACACCAGGGUGUGGCCAAGCUAUACACCGAAAUCGCUGCCAACGGGUACAACUUUUUGUACUUGACAAGUAGGAGUGUUGGUCAAGCAGACACAACGAGGGCGUAUCUAAAGGGUGUCGUCCAGGAAGGCUAUAAGCUUCCUCCUGGCCCGGUCAUCCUCAGUCCAGAUCGCACGAUUGCCGCUUUACGAAGGGAGGUGUAUCUACGCAAGCCUGAAAUAUUCAAGAUGGCGUGCUUGCGUGAUAUCAUGUCGUUGUUUUCGGGUCAUGGUGGGGCGCAAAAUACGACUGAAAAUGCCUUGGAAGCAGGUCUCAAGCCCAUGAACGAGGCAGACAUGCCUGGGGGUCUCGGAACUGGACGAGGCAAAUCUGGGUCGCCAUUUUAUGCCGGAUUUGGCAAUCGACUGACAGAUGCGCUGAGUUAUCGUUCGGUCAACAUUCCAUCGACACGAAUCUUCACGAUCAAUAGCAACUCUGAGGUCAGUUUGGACCUACUCUCGCUGAACCACUACAAAACUGCCUACAAUAGCAUGCGGGAGAUUGUCGAUCACUACUUCCCACCCGUGGGAUUGCUUGUCAAAGGUGGAGGUGAGGAAUUCACGGACUUCAACUAUUGGCGCGAAAGGCCUCUAGACAUACACGAUUUCACGGAUUCUGAGGAUGAAGACGAGCCCAUUAACAAUGCGAUGGCCAAGCUGCAGCCCGCCAUUACGAGGGGAAGCCAAAGCGUGCUUAGUGAGGACGAGGCCGGAGACGACAUGAUGGACUCUUAUCUGUCUGACCCGGAUGGACGCCCAAGCCUUGAUCAAUCAAUCGUCUCUGCACUUGACCGAGACGAGGAAUAUUACACGAAUGAUGAAAUGACGCAAUCCAUGCUUGAAGAGGAGGAAGAUGGUGACGAUGAGGAUGAAUACGAAGACGAUACAGACGAUCAAGCAGAUGAGGAAGAAUAUGAAGUGGAACAUUCUCGAGAUGGUGCCCAGUCACCUGUGACGCCACACAUGAGUCCGAAGAGUGAGAAUGUACGAACGCUACGAAAACUGAGCGACGAAGAGUUGCCGUUGCGCGGGAAAGACCGGAUGGAGGAUGUUGAGACAGGUCUCGGCAUAUCACAACUGAAUACUGACACGGCAAAACAUUCACCUCGGAAGCGAUAGAGGAGCUUUGGUUUUGUGUGAUCACGACAUUUGAGGUGUUGGACAUUUGCAUUGGACAGGCGCAUUUUGAGGAAAGGCAGUUGUUGAUGAGUUGCUGCGUUCGAGCGGUCAUUAUUCUUUCGCAAAACGGGCGAGAUGUAUAUCAGAUGCAGUCAUGACCCAGACGAUGGCAUGGCAUUCAGAAGUAUUGUGUUACUAACUUAGGACGAACACUUGUAGCUGAUAAAGGUACGCGUCUGACGUGUCGCGUGUUUGUGAUGCGUAAUCAGUCAAGUGGUGCGAUGUUCGAGGUCCAUCUCUGAACACGUGCUUCUGGUCAAUGAGAGCAGCAGAUUUCCCUCACUCGAGCAUUCACUGUCUGUGUUGAAUUACGGGACCACCCUGACCACGUGAUUCUUGGCAGAGAAGAGUUUUCUCAAAACUCCGGAAAUA